CACAACACUAUGGCAACCUCAGCAAUACAAACGGCAUCUAUACCGCGCUUCCUACUCCCAAGGUUAACAUGGGCCUCGACGUCGGUUAGCCCAGCGAUCUCCGCUGGCCUCCUCCAGCCAAAUCGUAACCGGAGCUUCACAACAGAAGCUAUAGCAGGCACACCGCAUGCUUCUCUCGGAAGCCCAAAGGCCACCUGGACCAGAGUCGCAUCAAUCAAUUGCAGUACCACAUCGAAACUCCCAUCGACACAGCGACGCUCGGAGAUACUGUCGACCUUGAAUACCCGGCGCACCUUUUCCUCUACAGCGCGUCAAGCGCGGGACCACCACUUUGACACGCUGAAAUUUGUGCAGCGGUUAAAGGGCGAUGGCUUCACGGAGGAACAAGCGGUGGCUAUGAUGAAGGUCCUGAGCGAUGUCAUAGAAGAGAGCAUCCAGAACCUCACGAGGACAAUGGUGCUCCGCGAAGACCAAGAACGCGCAACCUAUACCCAGAAAGUCGACUUCGCAAAACUGCGCUCCGAACUCCUGACCGCCGACUCGACGGAGUCGUCACUGACGCGCGCCUCGCACGAACGGCUCACCAACGAACUCACCAAGCUGAAUUCGAGGCUGAGGGACGAGAUACAACGGACGCAGGCGUCUGUGCGGCUGGAUCUGAACCUCGAGAAGGGGCGGAUUAGGGAGGAGGCGAAUGUGCAGGAGUUGAAGAUCAAGGAGACAGAGACGCGGAUUGAGCAGGAGACAGCGGUGCUGAGGGAGAAGUUGGAGGCAGUCAAGUUCUCGACGCUGCAGUGGCUGAUGGGCGUCUGUACGGGUACAGCGGCGCUCAUGUUGGGUGUGUGGCGCUUGUUGAUGUAGAGGGCUUGCCUCUUGCUACAGCGUCAGAGGACGCAUCCCUCCCAGUAGGAGGAAGUAUCUCUUACUACAGCAUAUCACUGUAUUAUUCAACUGUAGGUAUCGGGAUACGAAUACUCUCCUCUGACCUCAUCGCGGUUGAUGUUGAGGGAGUCGGCCAAUCGCCGCAGUAUCAAACACGGCGCAUGACAGCCGGUGCACAGCGUUCUCAAGACGGUGAUUCGACGAGAGUCGACAGUCGACGAAAAGACGGGAAUAUGCCGGAAAAACAGGCAGCAGCAUGAUGGGGUGUUACGAUACGAAAUGCAGCGGGUGUAACGAUAGACAGCCUUCUUCCUUGUAUAGAACCUAAAUACCACGCUUCUGGCAUCAAAUGCCCCAAAUGCCCCAAAACGGCAAUAAUAUCACUUUCGAUGCAUGUCGAUGGC